AUGGGAUUAGGCGUGUGUGAUGUGCGGAAAUCGCCUUUAAACUAUUACAUGCCACAAUGCCCGGGCAUUCUAGGCCCUUUCGACCCGCCGUACAUAACUACAGGGCGUGGACCAGGCAUACUAGGCCUCUUCGACCAGCCGUACAGAACUAGGGGGCGUGGACCAGGCAUACUAGGCCUCUUAGACCAGCCGUACAGAACUAAGGGGCGUGGACCAGGCAUACUAGGCCUCUUCGACCAGCCGUACAGAACCAGGGGGCGUGGACCAGGCAUACUAGGCCUCUCCGACCAGCCGUACAAAACCAGGGGGCGUGGACCAGGCAUACUAGGCCUCUUCGACCAGCCGUACAGAACUAGGGGGCGUGGACCAGGCAUACUAGGCCUCUUCGACCAGCCGUACAGAACUAGGGGGCGUGGACCAGGCAUACUAGGCCUUUUCCACCAGCCGUACAGAACUAGGUGGCGUGGACCAGGCACACUGGGCCUUUUCGACCAGCCAUAUCCAACCAAAGCAAGCGCACAAGGCGCAUCAGGUCUUAUUGACCAGCGUAACAAACAACUGAAAGAGUAUCGGAUCCUGUGGGCAAGGUUCACUUGGAAUCGAGACAGUAACGCCAUCGCUAUCAAC